CUCCACAAGUAAUGAAGAUGCGUGAUAUCUACUAUCGCCACACCACACAAUACCAACUAAGAGACAAGUGUCAGGGAGGCUGUUAAUUGUAAACAAUCGAUAGUUAUUGUAACUUUCUCUCAAAAAAUCACUCGUGUUGUUAUGGGACAAUCCAAGUACCAUAUCAGUAAUACAAGGGAAGAAAUCCUUGUAUAUUAGUGUCCACCAAGCUCAUUGGUACGAGGCCUUUUGGCAAGGAUACCCAAAAGUAAAUCCGUGUGGGCUUGGCCCAAAGUGGACAAUAUCGUACUAAUUGAGCAGCCCGUUUUGACACGUGUCACAUAGAAAAUAGCCAAAUACAAAGGGUCACGUAGGUGAAAACAACCAAGAAACAAAAUUGAACCCCACCACCAAAGAGGGGGACAAUGAAAGGGUUUUUCUUGCCACCAAAUAGACAACCAUCUUACAGGCACGAACAACAAAAAUAACCUUAAACUCCUGGAACGAGCCUCACAAACUUCUUAUCUCAUCCAAAAGGGUAACCCCCCCCCCCCCAAGGACAUCAACUACCUUUCCCUCCUGGACAUUCCUCGGGAUCACUUGGGCGUCACCUGCAAAAGUCAUCAAAUGUAACCCGCACGCCAAGCACCAUCGAACCGCAUCCCGAAAUGUCAAUAACUCCACAAGAGCCGGCUCUGAAAUCCACACGUAUAAUGUUUGCUGAUGUCACAACCACCAUGCCCUGUGGGAUAUUAGAGAACCCAACCGCCCACGCCGUGAGAGCCACUAGUUGUAUCCCCAUCCACGAACAUCGCCAGUUCACCUAGCGAAAUGUCAUGUCAACCACUGGUAACUGUGCCCCUUGGGUAAAGAAUAAAAACCUAUAACAAAAUAUUUUCCAGACAUAAUUAUUUAUUUUAUUUUAUAUCCUGUAAAAAUAUUCUGUUUAUAGAACUUGAAGUGCGGCAUUGCAGAAAUGGCGGAUUUUGGUUCAUGAAAAAUAGGGACAAACCUUUGUUUGAAAUUGAAGCCUGUUUGUAGUAACAAAAUUUAAAAUUUGUGUGGGCACUCUCUCCUCACUCAUACGUAUAGCGUGCUGACUGGCCUUGUUACUACCAACACUAGAAGACAGGUUCAGUGACCGUUUAAAUUCAAAUUCAAAACCACCCCUCCCAAACCCUCCUACCUCACAGCUCGCUAACCUCACUGCUCGUCACUCUCCCCACCCAUUAAAAAAGAAAGGCGCGGGAUUCUUCAUACACGUGGCUGGUUUCCAUUAGUUCGUCACACACAGUCCUCGUCGGACGCUCCAGCGGCGCCAACGAAUCGCCCGACUCGAAUUCAAAUCGACCCGAAAAAAGGCAAAAUACGGCAUUUAACUAAUUGGUUACGAAAAAUCGGAAAAUCAUAAAUACCACCAAAAAGCUUUAUUUCCCCUCUUUUUUCCACGCCCAGAAGAAACGACCGACUCGACUGAGAAACAGAUACCCAAACCCGAGUCUUCACUUUUUCCUUUCACUUUCCUUUCUUGUUCCUGAAUCAGGGGGACGGGGAAAUUGGUGAAGGAUUUUCUUGAUCGCGGGGAAAAAGAAAAUGUCGCAGCCACGCCGGUCGUCGUUUUCUGCAUCCACAACGUCGUCUCUGGCGAAGCGGUCGGAGAAUGCCGGGAAGACGGCGGUGGUCGCCUCCUCCGCUGCUCCUGCUUCGCACUUGGCCAGGAAACGAGCGCCUCUUGGAGAUAUUACGAACAAUUCGAGGAAUGCUGCGCAGAAAGGGUCGAGAACCGCUCUCCCGUCGUCGACUCUGGGGCAGAGCACUGCUAAAAUUGCUAAAUUCAAGAAAGGACCUACUCCUGCUUCCAACAACAACAGCAACACUGCCUCGUCUGGAAAUUUCAUACCUGCGGCGGUGAAAUCGACUGAGAUUGAGGUCACAUCUGCACGAAGAAGCCAUGAAGUUGUCUCGGGCAUUGUCAAGCCCCCUACGUCCUGUGAAACGAAUGUUUCUCCAACGAAAACAAAUGAAGGUUGCAUGUCCUUGGAUGAAACCAUGUCCACCUGUGAUUCCUUCAAGAGCCCUGAUGUUGAGUAUGUCGACGACAAUGACUUGCCUGAGAUUGAUUGUAUCAACAAGAAGGCAUUGAACAAGCUCUAUAUUACGGAUCAUGAAGUAGUAGCAGAAAAUAUGCGCAACAGAGAUGCACAUGGUGUGAUUGAUAUGGAUACAGAUGACAAGGUUGUAAACCUGGAUACCAAUUUUGAGGAUCCUCAGCUUUGUGCCACGAUUGCUUGUGAUAUUUACAAGCAUCUGCGAGCUUCUGAGGCUAAGAAAAGACCAGCAACAGAUUUCAUGGAAAAAACUCAGAAGGAUGUAAAUGCCAGUAUGCGUGCUAUACUGAUAGAUUGGCUCGUGGAGGUUGCAGAAGAGUACAGACUUGUGCCAGAUACCUUGUACCUGACUGUGAACUACAUUGAUCGAUAUCUCUCCGGCAAUGUGAUUAACAAGCAAAGAUUGCAAUUGCUUGGUGUUGCCUCCAUGAUGAUUGCUGCAAAAUAUGAGGAAAUAUGUGCGCCCCAGGUAGAGGAGUUCUGCUACAUUACUGACAACACAUACUUCAAGGAUGAGGUUUUAGAAAUGGAAUCUGCAGUUUUGAAUUACUUGAAGUUUGAGAUGACAGCUCCAACACCCAAAUGUUUCUUAAGACGAUUUGUGAGAGCUGCCCAAGGAAUCGAUGAGGUCCCAUCAAUGCAGUUGGAAUGCUUAGCAAAUUACAUCAGUGAAUUGUCUCUGCUGGAGUACAAUAUGCUUUGCUACCCUCCAUCUGUUGUUGCAGCCUCUGCCAUUUUCUUGGCCAAGUUCAUACUUUUCCCUUCUAAGAGACCAUGGAAUUCCACAUUGCAACAUUACACACUCUAUCAGCCUAGUGAUCUACAAGACUGUGUAAAGGAUCUUCACCGCCUGUGUACCAGCACUUACGACUCCACCUUGCCCGCGAUCAGAGAAAAGUACAGUCAGCAUAAGUACAAGUUUGUAGCCAAGAAAUUCUGCCCUCCUCGGAUACCAGAGGAAUACUUCCACAAGCAAAUCUUAUAGGCAGACUGACAGAGAUUGAUCUAUCUGAGGAAACCUCAUCAACCAAGUAGCGCGGUGUCUACUAGUAGUAAUGGGCAGUAUUCAUUCGCCAAAUGGCUAUGAUUCGACCAACAAUCUUCAGCAGUCCCUCUACUAGUAGUAAUGACGGUAUCUUUCCAAUGCUCCGUUGGAAGCAGCUCUUCUGCCCAUCUGCCCCCAGAAUGUAAGAAUGUAGUUUAGCAGCACCAGCAGCACCAGCAGCAGCAGAUAGUAGCAGUUGAUGUAACAGUAGCCUGAGUCAGUUCUUUGUAUGAUACCUCCACCAUUGCCCUGCUACGGGUUUGUAUGCUUUCUUUUUUGAAACUUGCCUGCUAUGGCUUUGUAGAUCAGAAAUUUUCCUCUGGACAAUAAUCAAGUUUGAUGAGUGCAGACAUUCCAUUUUGUGGAGUUUAUGUAGAUUUUCAUGGGAAGAACAAAGUUAACUAUCAAAAGUUCAAAACUCAAUGAAAGCAAAGUCAACAG